ACUGAUUUGUGAUGUCACGCCCAGCGGCGUAACGUUUUGCGUAAUUACACGCCAAUGAUGGCUUAUAAACUUGUUUUAAUAACUUUAAUAUACAAUCGUUCUGCAUUAUAAGGUCACCGGAUGAAAGUGUCGGUCAUGGCAGAGGUUAAUAAUAAGCCCAGCACGUUAUUCCUUUGUUGAAAUUUAUCGAGUUAAUUUGUUAAGAAAAAGUUUAUAAUUUAUCAGUGAAUUAAAAUGGCAGACCGUACACAUACUUCAAGAUUAGCCUCCUACAAAAAUGCUGGCCACGGAGCUACUGAAUUACGUCGUAAACGAGCUGAGUUGAGCGUGACUCUCCGCAAGCAGGCAAGAGAUGAACAACUCCUCAAACGUAGGGCCAUGUCCCCGGAGGCAGGGGACGUGUUGGAGACAGAAAAGGUCAUGUCACCUACGGAAAUUGUACAAGGUUUGAAAUCAGCUGAUUUAGUUGUUAAGACAACUGCAGCCAGAGCUGGUAGACGCAUGCUUUCAAGAGAACAGAACCCUCCAAUUUCUGUAAUGGUUAACGCUGGCGUUAUAAAACCGUUGGUGGAUGCUCUUGAUAGGGAUGAAUGCCAAGAUCUACAGUUUGAAGCAGCAUGGGCCCUCACAAAUAUUGCAUCUGGCACACAUGAUCACACUAUGGCUGUUAUUAAUGGGGGAGCGAUACCCAAGCUAGUUUCUCUACUGGCGCGCGGAGGGGUGGUGGGCGAACAGAGCGCGUGGGCGCUGGGCAACAUCGCUGGAGACGGCGCGGCGCCCCGCGACGCGGUGUUGGCGCACGGCACGCUGCCCGCACUGCUGCCGCACCUCACACCCGACACCGUGCCCAGCCAGCUGCGCACCGCCGCCUGGACCUACAGCAACCUCUGCAGGAACAAAAAUCCUCUAGUCAAAUUUGAACUAGUCGCCCCAGCACUGCCAUAUGUUGCGGAACUCCUCACUGUAGGCGACCAAGAAGUACUAGCGGACACAUGCUGGGCCCUUUCAUAUUUAACCGACGGUCCAAACGAGCGUAUAGAAGAAGUGCAAAAUACAAAACACCUCCUGCCGCGCUUGGUUAAUCUGUUGCAGCACAAGUCGCCGGCUGUCCGCACUCCAGCACUGCGAGCUGUCGGCAAUAUGCUUACCGGCUCGGAUGUACAGACGGAUCGCUGUCUAGAUGCAGGAUGCUUGGACCACCUCGUAGUAUUACUGCACUGCGGGAAACCAUCUCUGGUUAAGGAAGCUGCCUGGGCUGUCAGUAAUGUGCUCGCGGGAACUCAGACACAGAUACAAAUGGCAGUUGAUAAAGGGUUAUUGCAACACCUUGUAUCUGUUCUCUCAACUGAGGAUAUAAAAUGUCAAAAAGAAGCAGCUUGGGCAAUAACAAAUCUAUGCUUGGGAGGGACUCCCGGACAGCUAGAUGCGUUAAUAUCGGCUGGUUUCUUGGAGCCUUACUGUGCAAUACUGGCGUCUCCUGACCAACGUGCUGUCACGGUUGUGUUGGACGGACUUACACAAUUGUUGAAAGCCGCUGCGGAAUUUGGUCAGGUUGAACAACUUUGUUUAAAACUCGAAGAGAUUGGAGCUUUAGAUCGCAUCGAAUUGUUGCAAGAACACGAAAAUGAACAGAUAUAUAAGAAAGCGCUCCAGAUACUGGACAACUACUUCGUUGAUCAAGAAGACCGUAGUACUCAGCCUCAGGAAUCGUCGGAUGUGUACCAGUUUGCACCGAACGAAGCGGAUGGAAACAUUAAUUUUUAGCCAAUGUACAUGGAAAAAAAUUAAUAAAGACUGAAUUUUAUGUAAUCGAAUUAAUAUAACAAAGCAUAGUUAAGGGAGAAAUGUGUAUCGAAAUUCUUGAAACUUGGUAAAUACGUCUUUAAAUAAAUUUUAUAAAGCUAUUUUUUUUGUCACUCCAAGAUUCACUCAUAAAUAAAUACUGUUGAAAGUAAUAGAAAUGUUAUAAGUAGUCAUAUCUUACAAUAGCCCUUUGAACUCCACAAACCUUACCACGUACCUUUAAAACCUAAGUGAAUAGUAGUACGGUAAGACGCAAUUAAUACAUAAUCAAAUCAUUAAAAUGUGCCUUCGUUAUUAAUACUGUAUUUUAUAUGUUGUAUAUAAGUUAGAAAAUAUUUUUUAUUAACAUUUUUUUUUCAAUAAUAAUUAUACUUAUAAUCAAAAAUGUAUUGUUUUUUAAAGAAACUUAUAUUACAGAGUGGAGGUCCCUAAAUUAUUUUUUCAGUCUGGUGUUUCAAUAAUUUAUUUUCGGACAAAUUAAAUUCCUUUAACAAACAUAUAUUAUGUAUAGAUAUAUUAUACACAGAAUUAUAUUUACAUACAUAAUAUUGUAUCAAAGUUGAUUACUCGUCGAAAUUUAUUUAAUUUUUUUUAUAAAUCUCUUGUGGAGCCUCCGAUGCACUCUUGUUUGGCCUUAAAUAUUCCAUUAAGUUAUUUAUCGAGAAAUGCUCGAUAUGUUUCAGGACGAAUACGGAAUUGUCAUGGGGGGAGGGGGUAAAGCUUUAAAUCUAGCCCUCGACUGAUUUCAGUUCAGUUAAUAAGCUACAGUAUGCGCACGAGUUGAGGGCCAUCUUAAACUACUCAAGCGUCACUUAGUAAUAUAAAAUACGCUAUUUGAAAUUAGAAUUGUGAUUAGUGUUGAUUUGUCGAUAUUUUUUUAACGGUUUUUUAAAAAUAAUUAUAAAGUAAAUUAAAUAGAACGAAAAUCUUACAAAAAAAAAAAAACAAUCAUAUCUGCUUAAUAAAAUAAAAUUUAGUAAUAUAUCAAUGAGUUUUUCAUACAUAUUAGCGAUAAUAGACAGUCAACACUAUUUUAGGCGCAAUAAUUACUUCAGGCCUCGAUGGCAAUCAACUCGCACGCGUGCUAUAAUAACUGCUUGUAUUUUAUUGAUUGAUAAUAUU